UCAUCUAAUCAUGGCCACAACAAUGAAGAAGAUCUUCCUCUUCGUGCUGCUGGUGAUAACAACCUUCACGACGGUUCUCUUUGGUUCUUGUUCGGCUACUGUCUACACCGUUGGGGACUCGGCUGGAUGGAUUGCGAAAGAAGGCUUGUACUACGAAUGGGCCAAGGAAAAGGUGUUUUACGUAGGAGACUCUUUGGUCUUCAAAUACGAUCCCUACGUGAACGACGUUACUCAAGUUUGGGGCGCUUUAGAAUUAGAAUUCUGCGAGAGUUCUUCUCCUAAAGCCGUCUACAAUACAGGACAUGAUGUGGUAACCUUCACGGAACCCGGAGAUCACUACUUCAUCAGCUCAAAUCAAGCUCAAUGCGUACUUGGACAGAGGCUCGACGUCCUUGUUGUUCAUGACCCGUCACGUCCUAUUCCUCCACCACCACCGAGCAAGAUCCUUCCUUCUGGCGAAAUCUACAAGGUCGGUGACUCUAACGCAUGGAGCGUUCCUGAAGAGAGCGACUACUAUAACAAGUGGAGUCAGGAUAAACUGUUUCAUGUAGGAGAUAGUCUACUUUUCUUAUACGACAAGGAAGUAAACGACGUCUUAGAGAUUACCGGUGACCUUGAAUUCAUAACCUGCGACCCGACUUCUCGCGUAGCCGUGCACAAGACGGGCCAUGAUCUCGUUACGCUCACCAAACCAGGAGUUCACUAUUUCAUUAGCUCAGAGACGGGUCACUGCGCCGCUGGGCUUAAGCUUCGAGUUGUGGUCGGACCAUUACCCAAACCCGUUACUUUCACCAAUUUUCCCAAGAAGAUGGAUUUGUCAGCUAUGCACCGCCUCACAGAGUGGUUAAACACUUUCAUACCCCAGCCCCAUCACUAAAGUUUUCGUGUUUAUUUGGUUUUUUCUUUUCCUUGUUUCUUCCUUAAGACCCAAGUUUGUUUAGUUCUUGUUUUCC